UAAUCUAUGUUCGUUCACUCUUUCUUUCCAUUCAAUCAUCAACUUCAUUGAUCCGUUUUUAAUUUUUGACGAAAAUAAAAUUAGAUUUAAUUUAUAUUUAUAAAAUUAAAUAGUAAAUUUAGUUGUAGUUUAGAUUAACUCGCACCCACAUAAAUAAAACACAGAAUAACGAGAUGAGUUCAGGAGGCACUCGCGUGUACGUCGGUGGUUUGGUGGAAGGAAUCAAGAAGGAGGAUUUGGAGCGAGAGUUUGACAAAUACGGAAAACUGAACUCCGUGUGGGUCGCACUUAACCCCCCAGGUUUCGCAUUUAUCGAAUUUGAGAACGUGCAGGAGGCGGAGGAUGCGUGUAGCGCGAUGAACGGGUUCGAGAUGCUAGGCGCGACAUUAAAAGUAGAAUUAUCGAGAAAACGAGACGGCCCACGCCGCGGCGGCGGCAAUUUCCGAGGGGGCCGCGGGGGUAGCUUCCGCGGCGGGCGCUCCUUCGGCGGCUCGUCCGGGGGCGGCGGCGGCGGCGGCGGCGGGCGCUCGUACGGCGGCGGCGGUGGCGGCGGCCGGCCCUUCAACCGGAACGGCAACGGCUACGGCUCGGGCGGCGGCGGUGGUGGCGGCGGCGGCGGCAACUUCAGAUCUAGGUCGCCGCUGUCUCGAUUUUAAUUUAAUUCUAGAAUAAAUUUAGGUUUAGUGUUAACGUAAUCUGAAGCCUUCCGAGUGUUUAAUAAAAUUCGAUGUUUUGUUUAAUACUGGGGGUUUAAUGCUUAAGAGAUUGAUGAAGUUGAUGUCGUUGGAUGUCGAGGACAAUGGAAUAAUUCCAACCUGGAUUCCAGCUACACAUCAAGACAAAAUAUGAACAAUCUUCAGUAUAUCUUUAACAUUAUACCUAAGCACCUAAUGGGCUAAGUUUCCUUAUUGUAUAAAUAAAUAAAAAACACAAAUUCCAA